CGUUUCAAAGAUUGGUUACCGCACGCACUUCCCUUUCCAUCAUUAGUAUGAACGUGCCAUACGCCGCGUCGCCCAAAUAUACCAGCUACCUGGUACCUAUACUCACUGCCUUACCUACCUACCUACCUUUGACUAACCAACGCGCUCUCAAUCCAUCCCACGGAAGAACGGUCGGACUUGUCAGCAGGCGAGUCGUGCAAACCGCGCACUCUGUUGACUAGGUAGGUAGUAAUAGUAGGUCGGGUUUCAUGCAUUACCAGGCCGUCCUCGCAUCUACCCAAUACCUCGGUUAAAACACACCAAUUUGUCGCUGUUGUCGUUGCCCGGCUUGCGAACUGAGAUAUGGAUGAGGAUUCGCCAGAGUUGCCAGAAGAAAACCAGGGCAAGGCAGCUUCGUGCCUCUUCUUGAAACUGACUCGGAUGCGUGCGUCAAAGUAGCCGGCAGCCACUCCAUUUUACCCCUACUCUCACCCAGACCUGCUUGCUUUGCUUUAGAAUUAGACUACCUUACCCACAUACAUUAGCCCGAGGCCUACCGCUCGCAAAUGCCAAAGUCCUAUCUUCCAUUGUAUCUGAUCUGCAGCCAGAUGGUCGAUCGCUGCCUUCGUAAGACGAGCGGGCUUAGGCGCUUCCCUCCCAGACUCCAACUCCUAAAACACUGCAUUGAUUCGGUUUCUCGCAUGCAUGCAGUUCCGAUCCUACACGGUCGCCUUUACAUUGUCCCCCAUUUCUACCUACCUACCCACCUACUUAACAAGCUCAUGACAUCGAAAAACCAAAGACUCUCCUAGCAUAGCAUUCAUCCGGACGUUUCAUUUCGUGCAUAGAAGCCCCGGUAGACCCGAUCCAUGAAGCUUGCAGCAAAUACAGAUUCUCAUUAUCCCGGAAUUCAUCAACGCUCGCCGUCCGGCUGAUUAACUCUUCUCCACCAGUGUGAAUGGGGUCGAAUUUAGACAUGCCAGGUUCCAACGCGAACGAGCCAUCUUCAGCUAUGGCACGGAAACCAGAGGUGGCCUUGGCAGGUCUCCCCGAGGAGAUUCUUCUUGCGAUAUUACUCUAUCUGGAGCCGGCCGAUAUUGCUCGAUUACAGCAAGCGUCCCGAAAGUUCUGCGGUCUGUUUCGGGACAACACCUUCUGGCGCUCGAUCUGUCUCCAGGAGUCCCCUUUUCUUGAGAGUUACAAUCGCCGGCGAGUUGGUGGUCUCUACAACUCAAGUCCAAGCCCGGACUCUCUUCAAAGAAUUGCCAUACAGGUCAACCAUGAUGAGGAUAUCAAAUCCGAAUGGCAGGCCCCUGUUAAGAAGGAGAGGCGUCGGAUAAUGGCAAACUGGGACCCGACAUAUGUGGGCGAGGACGUCUCGUGGUACAGCGAGUACAUACAGCGACAUGGGAAAAUCGCCAUCAACUGGCUUCAGCAGCCACAAAUAAGCGAAGGCUCCGAAAUGCGGGUGAAUGAGGUCAAGGGCGUGGCCCUCUAUCGCCCAGAUAACCCCGAAUGCGAGCCGGGCAGGGCAGGGUCCGUUUUCGCUGUGUCUCCAUUGGAGGACGGAUCGGUGUGCCUGUGGGAUGUCAAUGGUACUAGGCGCAAACCUGGAGGUAUCGCCGUCAAGAGCGAACCUGGGAUUCUCUUUAUUGAUGGGCCAAGGGGUAACAAUAGCCUGCGCUCAAAGCGGGUCGACAGUGGCGUUACUGAGUGCGUUGCUGUUGACAGCUAUCGCGGCAGGGCAUUUGUAGCGGUCCAAAGUCAUCUUCUCGAAGUAGACCUGGAACGGAUGUCAGUCGCAGGUUGCGAAUCUUUCCCAUGGUCAAUCACUACCAUGUCGACUGCCAACCCAGAUCUCCCCUUGACAGUUGGGACUACCCAUGGCUUGCAUAUACAUGACCAUAGAGCAAGAGGAUCUGCGAUGCAGCGUGUCGAUGAUGGAAAUGGGAUUGACCAAUUUGACAGGUCAGGGGCCAAUGGCUACUACGAGAGAUCCAUGCGGGCGCUGUUCGCCGACGAUCCACUGCCCCCGUAUACGCCCCUUGCACAACCAGGACCACUUAGUAUUCUACACCUCGGGGAACUCGGCGGCGCUUCCAACGACAUUUACGUUGCUGGCCGAUUUUCUAACAUUCUUCACUAUGAUCGCCGAAAUUUUGGCACGAUCAAGGACUCAAUCCACUCUGGCGCGCGCCUGUGCAGCAUGACAUCUCUUCCAUAUCCAUAUAACCACCUGGCUAGCGAAGGACGACGAAAAGGGCAAAUGUCUGUCGCAGAGGUCAAGGAAAGCAAAGAGCUGAAGGGCCACACAUUGGUCGCUUGCGGCGAAUACAACACCAAAGGCUCCUUGGAACUUUACGGACUGAGAAGCGGCGCCUCAUCCUCGUCGCCUCUGCUAAGCUCGGAGACUAUCAAAAAUCGCCAGACGUCCUCACCUUCAAAACUGCUGUCUGUUUCGAACCAUGGCACGCGUCUGGUUGUUUCUAAUGGCUCCGGGCUGAUAAAAUGGUUCGAGCGUGACGGGUUUACUGAAGUCCGAAAAUGCCGUGUCGGUCAGAGCAGAGCGGCUCAGGGUACAGGGCCAAGAACACUUGGUCCAGUGUCAGGUUGUGAAGAUAUGGCACGGAAGCUACUCCCGAUCGCCCACAAGGAGACAAUUAAGAAUAAUGAGAUUUUGUUCUGGACUGGCGAGAGGCUCGGUCUUGUAGGUUUCUCGGCCAGGUCAGGCUUUACCGCUGACGAAUUUGAGCAGGAGGCCAAGUCGGCAAUGGAGCUCGAACAGGAGCGGGUAGAGCGUGGUUAUAGGGAGGGCAUGCGCCUUGCGCUGCAGCGUCAGGCCGAGGAUGUUAGAUUUGUCCGGGGGCUGGGCCUCGGGGCUGCUAUGUAGGUAAUUAGUAAAACCCAAUACUGUUGGCCAUGACUCCUCCUAGGUGUUCCCCUAUAAUCCCCAACCCAGAGAAUCAAAAAGGUUUUCGGCAUAAUUAUAAGCUCUGCUGUG